GGCGUGGGGGUCAAAGGCACCCCUCAGGGCUUGGAGGAUGUGUCAGAAAUUGUUGGGGGUGACCCUGCAGGGUCUCUGCCCCAGCCUGGGGCCCUGGGAGCUCCUGUCCAGCUGUGGGUGCUGGAGCUGGUGCUCAAAGGGCAAAGAGGGCUGGUCCCCAGCCCCAGUGGGGAGGCUGACCCUGGCCUUCCCCCGUCCCCACAGGUGGCUGGCAUGUCGCCUGGCUGUCACCUGGUGCCGGCAGAAGCUUCAUGCGGAGCUGAAGAUCGGCUCCUUCGGCUUCUUCUGGGCCCAGAACAUCAGCCUCAAGUUUCAGCGGGAGCAGCAGACUGUGGAGAUUGAUAACAUCUGGAUCUCCAGUAAACUGAGCCGGGAGCUGCCGCGCUACUUCGAGCUGUGUUUUGGCGAGGUGCGAAUCCGCACGGAUCUCCAGAAGGGCCCUGGGUUCCAGCCGUCCGUCCCGGAGGCUCCCAGAGAAGCUGACGGAAAUGAAAGCAAAGCAGACCUGACUCUUAAACCCUCCCUGCUAAGGCUACUUAGCCAGCUCUUUUCCAUCCACAUGGAUUCCAUCAACAUCAUGGUUCUGCACGUGGCCACCUCAGAGUCUCUCUGGCACAUCCAGGCCAGCCAGACGCGUCUCCUCCUGAAUGGCAACGGGAAGAGCCUGACCUGCGAGGUGAGCCUGACAAAGGUGAACAGCAAAGUCCUCCGGAGCAGCCAGCUGGAUGACACGUGCCUGGCAGAGCUGGCCCUGGCACUCUCCCUCUCGCUGGAGAUCAGCAGCAAGCGGCGGCUGGUGGGCGUCCGGCUGUGCAUCCGGACACUGCAGGCAGAGCUGCACGAGGGGCUUUUCUGCAGCCCCCUCCUGCACCACGUCACUGCCGGGGCCCAGCACAGCAGCACAGGGGAACAGCCCAGCACAGGCCCUGAGGAGCCCCCAAAGUCCCUGUCUGUGCUGAGCAGGGACACUCUGCAGCUUAUCCCCAGGAGGGUGGAGAUGAAGCUGGAGAACACUAGCGUGGUGCUGUCCAUGAACAGCCAGAAGAGGCACCUCACCUGGAGCCUGAAGCUGCUGCAGUUUCUAUAUCAGCGUGAAGACGAGCAGAUCCCACUGCGCAACUUCACGCCCAGCUCAGACCUGGACCAAAUGAGUGUAGACCUCCAGCUGGAGGAUGGCCUUCUCCUGUCCCAGAGCCGCCAACGCAUCGUGUGCCUCAACUCCCUGAAGACCAGCCUACAGGUCACAGCCAUUGACCUCUCAGCUGCUGUUCUGCUCAACACCUGCAUCAUCCACUACCGUCACCAAGAGUUUUCACACUGGCUGGGCCUGUUGGCACAAGAGUACAGGUGCCGGGCAGUGCCUGUCCCCAGCCAAGGGCACAAAGGAAGGAGCUAUCCCCAAAUCAUAGCGCCCAUCAUCCUGAGUGCCUCACUGUCCAACGUCAGUGUGUCCGUGCAGCUGGGGGACACACCACCCUUCGCCUUGGGCUUCAACUCCAUCUCUGCAGACUACCAGCACCUGCGGCCGCAGAGUGUGCACCAGCGAGCGGUGCUGGCCGUGGACCACCUGUGCUGGCGUGUGGGCAACGACUCGCACAUCCAGCGUGCCCCACAUCCCCCCAACAUGCACGUGUGGGGAGAAGCCCUCAUCCUCGACUCCUUCAACCUCCAGGGCAGCUACAACCAGCCCCUGGGCAUGUCCAGCGCCCAGUCGGAUACGCUUUUCCUGGACUGCACCAUCCGGGGGUUGCAAGUGGAGUCGUCAGACACCUGCACUGAGUGCCUGGCCAGGGUCCUGCCCCUGUUCUGCCCACAGCCCAGCGGAGCUGAGCUUGCCAAACAGCCCCCCUCUGCCUCCAGUGAGCCCUGGCGGCUGCUCUGGAAGGUGGAUCUGAAGGUGGAGGAUGUGAACCUUUUCACACUCUCGGCCCUGGUGGGUGCCUUGGAGCUGCGGCUGGACACGCUGACUGUCCUGGGAAGUGCUGAGAGCUGCACAGUCAGCGUGCAGGGCAUGGUGCUGGCCUUGGUGAAGAGCAUCACUGAGAAGAUGCAGCCGUGCUGCAAAGCUCCUGCCAUCCCCAACCCGGUGGCCAACCUCUCCAUGCUCUCUGUCACCUACCACAGCAGCAUCCGCUCCCUGGAGGUGCAGUGCGGUGAGGGGCUGGCAGUGCUGUGGAGUCCUCCUGACCAUAUGCACCUCUACCAUCACACCCUGGCCACCCUGCAGUGCCACGAAGCCUUGUGGAACGCCCUUGGCCACAGGACGCUUCCCUCCCUACCCCCAGAGAGCCCCACGUCCCACCCGACCACCCCUACUGAAUCACUGGGGCCCCUUCAGCCAAAAGGGCCAUCCUCCAAAAGACUUUUGUCCCUGUCCCUAGAGCUGAGCUCCACCAAAGUCACAGCCUUUGUCUCCGAGGCCAACUACAUCAGCCUGGCUGCCGAGCGGACCUCGGUGAGCUGGCAUGGUGGUGCCCUGCACGGCUACUGCCCCGAGCUGGCCGCUGGCUUUGACGGGCACAGCAUCUUCAGCUUCAAGGAGGUGGAGGUGAAACUGCUGCCAGAGCUGGAGGAGGUCAUCCGGCACCGCGACGCCUUCCCCACCCUGCGCACCCUCCGCAACCGCGGCUGGGCCUUCUCCUUUGCCAGUGUGACCAUCGAGUUCCCCUACCAGUACGACUUCUCCCGCACGCUGGACGCUGCCGUGGGUGUGCAGAAGUGGCUGAAGGGCCUUCACCGGCCUGGGCGCCCCACCAGCACGGCGCUGCCCCCAGACCUCCUGCUUAAAGUGACCCACUUCUCCUGGGUCUUCCUGGACGAUGUCUUUGAGGUCAAGUUACGAGACAACUAUGAGCUGAUGAAGGACGAGAGCAAGGAGAGCGCCAAGCGCCUGCAGCUGCUGGACGCCAAGGUGGCUGCGCUGCGCAAGCAGCACGGGGAGCUGCUGCCUGCCCGCAAGAUCGAGGAGCUGUACGCCUCACUGGAGAAGAAGAACAUCGAGAUCUACAUCCAGCGCUCGCGGCGCCUCUACGCCAACACACCCAUGCGGAGGGCACUUCUCACCUGGACCCUGGCCCACCUGGAGCUGGUGGCCAUGGCUGAUGAGUCCUUCCAUGGCACAGAACGUGUAUUGGAGCAGAUGAGGGACCUGGAUGAUGUUAGCCCGUUCCCCUCCGAGGGUCUGGAGAUGGUCACCCAGUGGUGCCGCAUGAUGAAGGGCAGAGUUGGCAGCUUCUUUGUGCGGAUCCGUGACUACCCUCGCUACCUCUUUGAGAUCCGGAACUGGCAGCUCUCCGGCCGGCUGAUCGGAGCCGAGCAGUGCGGCCAGGCCUGCUCCCGGCGCCGCCAGGUCCUGAAGCUGGGGCUGCCCUGGGGGGAUGCCACGGUGGAGAGGAACAUGCCACCCUUGAAGUUCUACCACGACUUUCACUCUGUGAUCUCCCAGUACACCAUCGUGUGGGGGCCCUGCUGGGACCCAGCCUGGACCCUGAUUGGCCAGUGUGUGGAUCUUCUCACGAAGCCCUCAGAGGAUCCCAGUGCCCCGUUGCCCUGGUGGGACAAGAGCCGCCUUCUCUUCCACGGAGACUGGCACAUGGACAUUGAACAGGCCAACCUGCACCAGCUGGCCACUGAGGACCCCUACAACACCACAGAGAACAUGCACUGGGAGUGGAGCCAACUGUCCUUCCACUGGAAGCCUGGGCAGUUUGUCUUCAAGGGCAACCUGGAUAUCAAUGUCCGGACAGCCUCCAAGUAUGAUGACUGCUGCUUCCUGCACCUGCCUGACCUGUGCAUGACGCUAGACCUGCAGUGGCUGUGCCACGGGAACCCCCAUGACCACCAUGGUGUGGUGCUGCGCUCCCCCGAAUUCCUGCCCGAGGUGCCAGUAGGGCAGCAGUAUGACUCCUACCGUGCCUUCCGCUCCGAGAACCUCAACCUCUCCAUCCGAAUGGACCUGACACGGCCCAGUAAAGAGCACUCCCAGCCCCGGAUCCUGCUCUACAGCAGCACCCUCCGCUGGAUGCAGAAUUUUUGGGCCACGUGGACCAGCGUGACACGACCCAUCUGCCGCGGGAAGCUCUUCAACAACAUGAAACCCAGCAAGAAGAAGCUGGGGCAGCAUUACAAGCAGUUGUCCUAUACAGCACUCUUCCCUCGGCUGCAGGUGCAUUACUGGGCCUCCUUUGCCCAGCAGCGGGGGAUCCAGGUGGAAUGCUGCCAGGGACACAUCUUCACUCGUGGCACCCAACGGCUCAUACCGCAAGCUGGCACAGUGAUGCGACGCCUCAUUUCCGAGUGGAGCAUCACGCAGAUGGUGAGCGACCUGAGCCAGGUCACCGUGCACCUCAUGGCCUCCACUUGCGAUGAGAAUGCCGACCACCAGCUCGACACCCUGGUGAAGAAAACCCACCUGCUGAGCCUGUCCUCCCUCACCUACCAGCGGCACAGCAACCGCACGGCUGAGGAGGAGCUGCCCCUGCGCGAUGGGGACGAUGGUUUCCACACGCACCAGCUGCACUUGGUGGACCUGCGGGCGUCCUGGACCACCACGAACCGGGACAUCGCCUUCGGCCUCUACGACGGCUACAAGAAAGCGGCUGUGCUCAAGCGCAACCUGUCCACCGAGGCCCUCAAGGGGCUGAAGAUCGACACACAGCUGCAGGCCAAGAAGCUGAAGCGGGGCCCGCUCUCUGCUCACUCCAUCCCUGCCAGAGUGACUGCUCCCAUCACCAGUGGCCGACCCGAGAGAGCCUCCUCGGGGGGGGCUUACAUGCUGCAGAAGCUCAUUGAGGAGACAGACAAGUUCGUGGUAUUCACGGAGGAGGAGUCGGGGGCCAGUGAGCAGCUCUGCGGCAUCGCCGCCUGUCAGACCGACGACAUCUACAACCGCAACUGCCUCAUCGAGCUGGUGAACUGCCAGAUGGUUCUGCGCGGCGCAGAGACGGAGGGCUGUGUGAUUGUGUCUGCUGCCAAGGCCCAGCUGCUGCAGUGCCAGCACCACCCUGCCUGGUAUGGGGACACACUGAAGCAGAAGACGUCCUGGACGUGCCUGCUAGAUGGCAUGCAGUACUUCGCCACGACAGAGAGCAGCCCCUCUGAGGGGGAGCACGGGCAACUCUGGCUGGAGGUGAAAAAUAUUGAGGAGCAUCGGCAAAGGAGCCUGGACUCGGUGCAGGAGCUGAUGGAGAGCGGGCAGGCAGUGGGGGGCAUGGUCAGCACCACGACAGACUGGAACCAGCCCUCGGAAGCCCAGCAGACCCAGCAGGUACAGAGGAUCAUCUCUCGCUGCAGCUGCCGCAUGUACUACAUCAGCUACAGCCAUGACAUUGACCCUGAGCUGGCCACGCAGAUAAAGCCACCCGAGACUCCUGCCAACCAGGAGAAGGAGGAUCUGCUGAAGAAGCAGGAGGGAGCUGUGGAUACCUUCACACUGAUCCACCACGACCUGGAGAUCUCCACCAACCCGGCACAGUAUGCCAUGAUCCUUGACAUAGUCAACAACCUGCUGCUGCACGUGGAGCCCAAACGCAAGGAGCACAGCGAGAAGAAACAGCGGGUGCGCUUCCAGCUGGAAAUCUCCAGCAACCCCGAGGAGCAGCGCAGCAGUAUCCUACACCUGCAAGAGGCUGUGCGGCAGCACGUGGCCCAGAUCCGGCAGCUGGAGAAGCAGAUGUACUCCAACAUGAAGUCCUUGAAGGAUGACAGCAAAAACGAGAUCCUGCUCGACCUGAACCACAGGCUGCAGCAGCAGCUAAGCCAGGAGAAAGCUGACCUGCAGCUGGAGAGCGAGGAGCUGAACAUACUCAUCAGGUGCUUCAAGGACUUCCAGCUGCAGCGAGCCAACAAGAUGGAGCUGCGAAAGCAGCCGGAGGAUGUGAGCGUGGCACGGCGCACGGAGUUCUACUUUGCCCAGGCCCGCUGGCGCCUGACCGAGGAGGACGGGCAGCUGGGCAUAGCCGAGCUGGAGCUCCAGCGCUUCCUCUACAGCAAGGUCAACAAGUCUGAUGACACGGCUGAGCAUCUGCUGGAGCUGGGCUGGGUGACAAUGAACAACCUCCUGCCCAACGCUGUGUACAAGGUGGUGCUGCGUCCCCAGAGCUCCUGCCAGUCUGGCCGGCAGCUGGCACUGAGGAUUUUCAGCAAGGUCCGGCCACCCGUGGGAGGCAUCUCCAUCAAGGAGCAUUUUGAGGUGAACGUGGUACCCCUCACCAUCCAGCUCACCCACCAGUUCUUUCACAGGAUGAUGGGUUUCUUCUUCCCUGGUCGUAAUGUGGAGGAGGAGGAGGUGGGGGAUGAGGAAGAUAAGUCCAAGCUGGUGACGACAGGGAUCCCCGUGGUGAAGCCGCGGCAGCUGAUCGUGGCCGAUGACUCACUGGGCCCAGGCAAGGGAGUUGCUCAGGGACUGAAUCGAACAUCAGGGGUCAGAAGAUCAUUCCGAAAAGCACCCGAGCAUCCUGUGGAUGACAUCGACAAGAUGAAGGAGCGUGCAGCCAUGAACAACUCCUUCAUCUACAUCAAGAUCCCGCAGGUGCCACUCUGUGUCAGCUACAAGGGUGAGAAGAACAGCGUGGACUGGGGUGACCUGAACCUGGUGCUGCCGUGCCUGGAGUACCACAACAACACGUGGACGUGGCUGGACUUUGCCAUGGCGGUGAAGAGGGACAGCCGCAAAGCCUUGGUAGCACAGGUGAUCAAAGAGAAGCUACGCCUGAAGCCAGCUGCGGGCGCAGAGGCCCGGGGGAAGCUGGAGAGCAAAUCAGACGGGACCAUCCAGCAGCAGGAGGAGGACGAGAAGGCGCGUCUGCUCAUCGGGCUGAGCGUGGGCGAGAAGAACCCCAGCAAGAAGUCGAUCUUUGGCAGGCGCAAAUGACAGCAGCACCCGGCAGGCCGGGAAGGGACUGGGGUGCCCCGUGCUCCCCCCUUGGGGGGGCACCCCUAAGGCGGAGGGGGGCUGUGCUGCUCGGCACAGUGAUGCCCGAGGCAGGGAUUAGCCAUGUGCAGGCCCUCGGCAGCCCCAUUGCUGUGGGGCAGGGGUGCAGCAGCACGGGGACGUGGGGGCACAAGGUGCUCCGGAGCUGCUUUGUGGGGUGCAGGCCCUCGUGCCAAGGGCUCCCACGAGCUUCACCCCCUCCCUGCUGUGCGGGUGCUGGGCCCAUCCCCUGGGCCUGGUGAAGCAGCAGGAUCGCUCCAGGCUGGGAGAAAGGGGAACAGGAGAGAGUUUAAAUAAAAGAGUUUUUAAUUUGGAAGA